UUUGGCCGUUGUUGCGCUACUGUGCAAACAUGCAGUUACACAUCAGAGGCGAGCACACAACUGUUGUUGAGUCUCAUGAAAAUGAGACUAUUGCAGAAAUAAAGAAUAAGCUUGUGGAAUUACAGAGUGCUGCAAAUGUAGAAUGCAAUCUGUAUAAUUCUGGACUUCUACUAUCAAAUGAAACAUUAGUUGGAGAACUUGCAUCAAAUGUUUUAGAAUUAACCGUUUCUCUUCCUGGUGGUAAAGUGCAUGGAUCUCUAGCUCGUGCUGGUAAAGUAAAAGCCCAAACUCCAAAGGUUGAAAAACAGGAAAAGAGUAAAAAGAAAACCGGCAGAGCUAAGAGACGAAUUCAGUACAACCGAAGAUUUGUCAAUGUUGUUCAAACUUACGGCCGCAGACGUGGACCAAACGCUAAUCCUAAUUCAUAAUUGUAUAUACAUAUACAUGAUUUCGGACCAUGAAAAUAAAAUGAAAAGCUAAUUAUAA